UGUGGAAUCGCUAUUGGAAAUUCGUUAUCCAGCUCUCUCUACCUAUCUGCAACUCUCUCUGCAUGUGUUCGGUGCUCUGUAUCCGGUGACUCGGAAGGAAAGAAAGAAAUCUAACUAGUCUUUCGACCGAGUUAGGUUGGUAGUGGAGUUUUGGCUGAAUGAGCUCCCGUCCAUGCCUUUACUAGAUAUUCAGCCUGCUUUACAGAAACAUCUGGGCCUCCUCGGGACUCAAACACUUAUUCAUGCGGGAGAUGAGAAGAGACUGCCAUGUUCAUGGAAAUCUUUCCACUUUCCUAGAAAGGUAGACUUCAAUGAAGGUGCGAGGCGCAGAAGAAUUUCUAUCAAGGCAGUAGCUACACUCGAACUCAGGUCUUUGGUUCGCAAGGAAGAUGGACACGAGGGCGAUUCAAGUCCCGCAACAAUGGACACGGAGUCGUCCGGGGAGGAUUCGGCGGAAACAGAUGAGCGAGAAAGGAUGAGACGGAUGAGGAUAUCCAAAGCGAAUAAAGGGAACACACCUUGGAAUAAAGGGAAGAAGCACAGUCCCGAAACCCUUCAGCUGAUAAGAGAGAGAACAAAGCUUGCAAUGCAGGACCCUAAGGUCAAGAUGAAGUUGAUAAACCUCGGACAUGCUCAAAGUGAAGAGACAAGGGCGAAAAUUGGGUUCGGAGUGCGAAUGGGAUGCCAGAAGCGUCGUGAAAAGUUGCUGGUGCAGGAGACUUGCCACUAUGACUGGCAGAACUUAAUUGCUGAAGCUUCUAGGAGAGGUUUUACUGGCGAGGAAGAGCUGCAGUGGGAUUCUUACAAGAUCUUGAGGGAAAAGCUUGAGCAAGAGUGGCUAGAGAGCAUUGUGGAAAGGAAGAAUAUGCCAAGGCCAAAAGGUGGUAAGAGAGCACCAAAGCCCCUUGAACAAAGAAGAAAAAUUGCGGCUGCCAUUGCUGCCAAAUGGGCUGAUCCUGCAUACCGUGAUCGGGUUUUCUCAGGUCUGGAAAAAUAUCAUGGCACUGCUAUUGGCAUUAAAAAAAAGACGAAGCGAAGGGGGAGUGAUGCUACACAAUCUGCAAAACAAAGCCCCGCAAAGAAGAAAGAAAGUGGUAUUAGCUCUUCUUCUGGGCUUCAAACUAAUGGCCUGGUAGCAGGACUGAAGAAGCCGAGGAGUAAUGCACCUUUGUAUAGGGACCCCUUAGCUCGCUCGAAGUUGGAGAUGAUAAAGAGAGUCAGAGCACAAAGGGCUGCGGCAGAUACCAAAAAAACGGAAGCCAUUGAAAGAGCAAGGCUUUUAAUUGCUGAAGCUGAAAAAGCUGCGAAAGCCCUUGAAGUUGCUGCAACCAAGAGCCCUAUUGCUCGAGCUUCUCUCAUUGAAACCAGAAAACUCUUAGCUGAAGCAAUUCAAUCUAUUGAAUCCAUAGAGACAGUGAAGGUCAUAUCUGAUGAGAAUGAUGGCUACCUUCCCAUGCCUUCAGCUGAACUGGUUGACAACAUUGAGAACCAAACAGACACAUCUUAUAAGUCCAUAAACCAAGUGAGGGGAGAAUUGAAUGGAGCAGAAACCCUUGCACCAAGAAAAGAUGAUGACUUCAAUUUUAGUAAUUUCAGCAUGCAGAACAUACUAAACGGUGAUGGAGGACUUGUGCCUCUGAACUCCAAUGGCCACGGUUUGCAUCCAUUCCAUUCGGCAAAACAUUAUAGCCGAUUGGAACCAAAUGGUAGUCGAGCAAAUCAAGUUGGCUUUUGGGAAGCACAUGGAAUCAAGGAAUCAGAGAGAAGUCCUGCAAAAAAUGGGACCCAAGUUCAGUCCGGGGAAGAAGAAACACCAGCAAAAUCAGCAAUCGAGCCUGCGAAACAAGAAUCACCACCCAAAUUAGUUGCUAAGAAAUGGGUCCGUGGGAGGCUUGUUGAGGUGACGGAAGGAGCUUAAUGCUUGCUAUACAUCAAAGUUGAUGCAACUACAUCAUUGGCUCUCAGAACAUGUUCAGAAUACAAAGGAACGGCCAACUGCAGCCCUUUUGACUAUCAGCAAACUUCAACAAAGCAAAAUCAAGGAGCCUAGGACUCGAACCUUUAUGCACUAUUUCCUAUGCAUGAUAAUGGGGAAAUGACGGGAGUUCUCCAUCAAUUUCAUCCUACAAAGCAUCAGUAUUAGUAUUAGGGAAGCCCUUGUAUGUGCAACUUGAAUUGCUAUACCAGAAACUUAGUUGCAAUGUAUUUGGCUGCAAUAUUUUUUCAGCGGCAACCUUCUUGAAAUUUUCAACCCACCUAAACACAUUAUGCUUUCUUGUUAAAAAA